AUGAUGUUGAAGGAGCUCAUUAGUGAUCCGGAGCUUCACACAGUCAGUGCCAUCAUGGUGGAUGAGGCUCAUGAGCGCUCACUUAAUACGGACAUUUUGCUUGGUUUACUGAAGGACAUUUCCCGCAGGAACAAGCAGUUGAAGGUGAUUGUUGCCAGUGCCACGAUCAAUGCUGACAAGUUUAGUAACUUUUUUGAUGGAGCACCUAUAUUUACCGUAAAGGGACGGGUAUUCCCUGUCGAUGUGUCGUAUCUUACAGAACCGAUGGCAGACUACGUGAAGGCCAGUGCUGAAUCUGUGCUCUUGCUACAUGCCACCAGACCCUUACCAGGGGAUAUACUCGUCUUUCUUCCUGGGCAAGAUGAUAUUGAAAACUGCGCUGCAGCAAUUCGUGAAGGUAUAGUCAAUGCUGGUGGCCAACUGCGUCCGUUAAUGGUUCUACCAAUUUAUUCAUCUCUUCCGCCACGAGAGCAGAGACGCAUUUACGAGGUUCCACCACCAAACACACGGAAGGUUGUGAUUGCUACAAAUAUUGCUGAGACAUCAAUCACCAUCGAUGGUGUGGUGUACGUUGUAGACUGUGGUCUUUGCAAGCAAAACUACUAUAAUUAUAAAGCCAUGGUGGAGGAGUUGCGUGUGAUGCCAAUCUCGCAGGCCAGUGCUAUGCAGAGAACAGGUCGAGCGGGACGAACUCAAAAAGGGGAGUGUUACCGUCUGUACACGGCUUACACUUUCCGUAAUGAGCUUCCACAAGAAACCGCUCCAGAAAUUUUGCGAACUUGUAUGAGUUCGGUUGUUCUACAACUAAAGGCACUUGGGAUUGAUAACUUGUUACAGUUUGAGUUUAUUGAUGCACCCUCCACAGCCUCGUUGGAAAGGGCGUUAGAUCACCUUUACCUGCUUGGAGGGAUUAAAUCAGAUGGCCGGUUGACACUUACCGGAAGACGCAUGGCAGAAUUCCCACUGGACCCCUCAUUGAGCAAGUGCAUUCUUCGUGCAAACGCCUUGGGAUGUCUUCGUCACAUGUCCAUUGCCGUGGCGAUGCUUACCCUUGACUCAGUUUUUGUGACAAGCCGGGACGCAAAGGAACGGGCUUCCAUGGCGAGCGCAAGGGAUAUGCUCUUUUCAGCAGGAAACGGUGAUGUCAUGGGGUAUGUGCGGUUGAUGGAGGAGUGGAUGCGGGCCGGUCCUUCAAUGCAGGAGUUUUGUCAAUCCCAUUCGGUAAACAUGAAAAACCUCCUCCAGGCCCGAGAUGUGUUGGAUCAAAUACUGAAAACAUGUGAACGAAUAGGUUUUGAUUUGCCCCGUGGGGAGGAGGAUAUCCCACUUUCUAUGGAAACCUUUACAAAAGCGUUAUUGUCGGGGUUCUUUAUGAAUGUUGCAAAGUUGAAUGUUGACUGCAGGACCUACUUGAUCGUGCGCCCGAUAGAUACCUCUACUAGUCGAAGUGGUUCCAACCAUGCAAAUCUUGGCGCAUUGAACGCUGAGGAAACGGCAAUGGCUGAACUGCACCCGUCGAGUUACCUCUUUCGGGCAGGACUUGCAAAACAGGAUGAGAAGGGCAACAACAAUGGUGGCAUGGCUUUAACAUCUCCCAUUUUACGGGAGAGACCACAGCUCGUUGUUUUUACGCAGCUGCGGUACACGAGUAAACGUUACAUGAUGCACGUGACGGCUAUUCCUUCGGUGGACUGGGUUCUGACGAUGGCACCUGGAAAUUAUUUUACUAAGGAGGAGUUGGAAACCAAAUUGCGCAAGCGUGCACACGAUUAA